GCUACCAACCAAAUGAAUUUAAAAUAUAUGACUCCUGUAUAUCGAGGGCUAUUUAAACUUAAGCCAAAUAAAGAAGUUGCAAAUUAUGGUUUCGAUAAUUAUAAGAAGUUAACAAUUACUGCCAAUUUUUCCACCUCUUAUCUUUUUUACAAUCAAACACAAGCUCCAAGAAUAAAUAUAUUUGAUCAAUUAUCAAAUCCUAAAUCAAACAAUGAUCAAAAACAAUAUGAAGAAGAAAAAAAGAUACGGGAUGCAUGGACAAUAAAAAUGAUGAAGUACUCAUUUAUAUCCUUAUCAAUUAUGAUAAGUGGCUCAAUUUUAUUCAUAAUUUAUACAUUUGGCCCUCCUUCAAAAGACAAGAAUGGCAAUAUAAUUGAAGAUAGUUAUAGCCAAAUGCCAAUAUGGAAAGCUUAUUUAUUAAGAGCAUGGAAUGAAAUUAAUUACUAUGAGAAGGUAAUCAAAGAGCCUUCUAGGGAAAAACUAUUACCAGACCCCUUAACAGAACCAUAUUUUCAACCUCCAUACACAUUAGUUUUAGAGUUAACAGAUGUUUUAGUACACCCAGAAUGGACAUAUGGCACAGGUUGGAGAUUUAAAAAACGACCUGGUGUUGACUUUUUUUUGCAACAAGUAGGUCCUCCACUGUUUGAGGUAGUCAUAUAUACAGCUGAACAAGGAUUUACAGCUUUUCCAGUUAUAGAUAGCUUGGACCCACAUGGUUUUAUAAUGUACCGUUUAUUUAGAGACGCAACUAGAUAUCAAAAUGGUUACCAUGUCAAGGAUUUAUCUUGUUUGAAUCGAGAUUUGUCCAAAGUUAUUAUGGUAGAUUGGAAUUCUAAAGCUGUUGAGAUGCAGCCUGCAAAUGCUGUUAGAAUUCCAAAAUGGGGUGGAAAUGACGAUGAUCGAACACUCUUUGAUUUGGCCCAAAUGCUCAGAAGUUUAAGUAACGUUGAAGAUGUAAGAGAUGUUCUUUCCUAUUAUCACACGCUGGAUGACAAAGACUCUAUAGAAGCAUUUAAACGAAAUCAAAUGAUAGUUCAAGAACAACAAGAACAAUUGCAACUUGAAGAAAUGGAAAGGGCUAAAAAUAAAUCUCUUGUCAAAUCUUUAACUUCAAAAUUAAAUCUUUAUUCCAAAUUUGCUGAAGAUUAUAUGCAACUAAAUAUAACGAAUAUUUUGAAUAUUCAUUUCUAAUCAAUAAACUAUGAUGGAUUAUAUAAAAAAUGACCAUCAUAAAACCAAUAUUAAUAUAAUAAUGACGAGAUAUGUAAAAAAAUA